CGACGCUCAUAACUUCAGACUCAAUGUUCCUCCGGAUGUUAAGUUUCCGUAAUUUACUUUAGAUAUAAACAUACUUACCACACCGGGAAUAUAUUGAAUGAAGGAAAGGUGGCCUGUUGACGGAGAUGGCCACCUCUCCAGGAGUUUUGAAAGCAGAAAAGGUGAAGGGCAUGUCGAGGUUUCCAGUACUGCCCCCGAUUGAAGGCACACAGGAGCAGCAGGAUGAUGUUGCAAAGGCAACUGCAGCACGGGCGGAGAUAGCACAAAGGAUAAGUGAUCAGAAGAAAGUGCUGCGGUACAGAAGGAGUAAAGUGCAAGAAGAACAACUCCAGCAGAUAUUGGUGUCGAGAGCUAUGGAAGCCUACAGACAGAGCAAAGAGAGGGGGGCAGUACGCAGCCUGUCACCAGAGCCACAGCUGCCAUCUUCUAUGCUCAGUGAAGAGAGGAAGCGCAGUAUGAACUACAUGUUCCUGAAGUGCUGUGUAGAGAGCAGCCCAUUGGCUCCAAUCCAGCAACACUGGUUAGACGGCAUAGUUGCCCGAGUCCCUCAAAAACUUCGAGAGAACCCUGAGACCCAAAAACUGUUACAAGAGCUCUGCAAAGAAGUCAGCGACAACUUCCACAGUGUGAUCGUCAGGCAUACAGUGAACACAGUAUUGAAGAAUCCACAGAAAGAAGGAUCCAACUCUGAAAAACAUACAACCACCCAAACAAGAAUUCUUGAUUUCCCCCAACAUUGGCAUCAUAGCUUUAUCAAAAGCCGCAAGCUUAUGCAAAAACAUCUGCACAUUCUUCAUCCCUUAAUGCCAACUCUCCUCAAUAUUGGCUACAUGACAUUUUCUACACUGAUCCUGGUUGACUUUUCUGAAUGUCGAGCUUCAGGACCUGUAGACUGUAAGAGCCUUCAGAACAAAAUGGUUUUGCAGUGUAAGAGGACAGAGGAUCGUAUCAUGAAUACAUGGUUUCCUAAAGUCAUCAGCUUGUUAACAAAUAAGGAAACACUGAAGAGCAUCAAAGAGGAGAAACAUGACUCCUUCUUCAGAUGUGCCUCAACCCUCAUCUCAAAUCAGUUGAAAUCCAUGCUUCAUCGAAGUGUGGAGGAGUUUGUCAGCCUUUUUGAUCCAAACAAUGGCCACCGCCUGCCCAUCUUUCGAAUGGCUUUGACAUUUGAUGAUGAAAAGAUGGAAAUUUAUCCCACCUUACACGAUCUGAAAGCUUCUGUCUUUGAGAUUCUCAAAGCCAUCACGCAUACACUGCAGAAAGUGCAGACGGUCCAGUCAUGGCUACAAGGAUCAUCUUCAUUUGUGGACGCUAAGGUUGCUGAUCACAUCCUCGCAUGGGCAAAGGCCACUUUGAAGACAGCUGUUUGCAAGAAUCUAGAAGAACCUGACAAAUAUCUCAAGAACUACGUUGAUAAGUAUGACUGGUUAGUCAACGGAACUGCACAUGCUAGAGUGAAGAAGUUCAUGAAGGAAGAGCACUCUUUUGAAGAGUACACCAAACAAGUGGAGGAGUUUCGUGCUCUGUCAAAGGAGAUUAUCAGCCUCCCAGCCAAAGCCCACUUCACAAUGGUCCAUCUGGACUGUGAAGAGCUGAAGCAGGGCCUGGCCGGCAAAGCCAAAAACUAUGUUGAAAUACUUCUAAAGAAACUCAUCACCAACCACCGUGAGAAGAAUCUACAGAUCUGCUCAGAAUUUGAAACCCUCCAAGAGAACGCUCUGAAAAUACCAGAGACUACAGAGGCCAUGAGUCAGCUCAUUAAUUACAUUAAUUUGAAUAAGACAAAGGGUAUUGAAGAGCUUAAUGAGAAAAUAAAGGAAAGCUACUGCAGAUUAAUCUACCUCCUGGAUGUCUACAUCAUUGAUGCACAGGAUGAGGAAAUUAAUUCUGCUGUCUUUCUCUGGCCACGGAAAAUCCUUGAAGUCUUUGAGCUCAGUGAUGAGGUGCUGAAGAAAGCCAAGCAGAAAGGCGAAAAGGAGUUGAUUGCCAGAAGAGAGAGAUUAAUCUCACUGCUGGAAAAGUUGGGACGUAGGACUGAGGAGUUUCCAUGUUGCUCUGAGCUGGAAAUGAUGCAGCAGUAUAUUAGAGACGUCAAAACAGUUCAGAAACUUAUCCACGAGGCUGAAGAGGACAUCGCCUUCAUCAACAAAGAGGAGGACUUUUACAAAUGGGAGCAAACGUCUUACCCAGAAGUUCACAUCAUCAAAGACAGCAUUGAACCAUAUCAGAAGCUGUUUGGACUUGUACUGAAGUGGCAGCGCACAGAGAACAGAUGGAUGGAUGGUUCCUUCCAGGACCUCGAUGGUGAAAGCAUGGAAGGGAAGGUGGAUGAGUUCUUUAGGGAGGUCUUCAAGAUGCUCAAGUUCUUCCAACAGAAACAGAAUAAGGCUGAGCAAGAGAUGGAGAGGAAGUCUACGACACCUACGCGACGUGGUAGUGUGGACAGUCCUAGGAAGCAGGAAAGCCCAUCAGUCCUGUUGUGCUCCACUGUUCUGGAUCAGAUCAAAGAUUUCAAGAACCAUAUCCCUGUAGUGUCCAUUUUGUGUAAUAUGGGAAUCCGAGCUCGCCACUGGGACCAGAUGUCAGAGAUUGUAGGGUACGACCUCACCCCAGACUCUGGUACUACACUACGUAAAGUUCUCAAACAGAACCUGACAUCUUACCUAGAAGAGUUUGAGUCGAUCAGUGCUGCUGCUAGUAAAGAAUUUUCCCUGGAGAAGGCUAUGCAAACCAUGGUGCAUAUUUGGGAUGGAGUUUCUUUCCACCAUCAACCUUACAGAGAGACAGGAGUGUCCAUCCUCACAGCUUUGGACGAGAUCCAGACGAUGCUGGAUGAUCAGAUUGUGAAGACUCAGACUAUGAGGGGCUCACCAUUCAUCAAACCAUUUGAAAAUGAGAUCAAGCAUUGGGAAGAGCGUCUUCUUCGAAUCCAGGAAACCAUCGAUGAAUGGUUGAAGGUGCAGGCCCAGUGGCUUUAUCUGGAGCCCAUUUUUUCUUCUCAGGACAUCAUGCAGCAGAUUCCUGAAGAGGGACGACUUUUCCAAACUGUUGACAAAAACUGGAAAGAGAUUAUGAGGCACUGUGUUAAGGACUCAAAGAUUCUGCCAGCAACCUCGCUGCCUGGUUUAUUAGAGAAACUGCAAGACUCUAACAACCUCCUUGAAAGCAUCAUGAAAGGAUUGAAUGCAUAUCUGGAGAAGAAGCGUCUCUUUUUUCCACGGUUCUUCUUCUUGUCCAAUGAUGAAAUGUUGGAAAUCCUAUCAGAGACAAAGGACCCUCUGCUAGUGCAGCCUCAUCUGAAGAAAUGCUUUGAGGGCAUUUCCAAAUUGGACUUUCUACCCAAUCUGGAUAUCCAGGCCAUGUACAGCAGUGAGGGGGAGCGUGUGCAGCUGAUCCAGAAUAUCUCCACGUCUGAAGCCAAAGGAGCAGUGGAGAAGUGGCUGGUGCAGGUGGAGGAUGUGAUGCUUCGAAGUGUUAGAGAUGUAGUGGCCCGGUCCAGAUUGGCCUAUGCGGAGACUGCACGGAGCCAGUGGGUGAAGGAGUGGCCUGGGCAGGUGGUCCUCUGCACAUCCCAGAUUUUCUGGACCUUGGAGGUUCAUGAAGCCAUCAGAUCAGGGCCUGAUGGUUUGAAAACCUACAAUCAGCAGCUCCAGAGUCAGCUGAAUGACAUCGUGGAGCUUGUGAGGGGGAAACUUCCCAAACAAACAAGGAUCACUUUGGGAGCGCUGGUCACAAUUGAUGUCCAUGCCAGGGAUGUGGUCAUGGAGCUGACUGAGAAUGGUGUGUCAAGUGAAACAGAUUUCCAAUGGCUUGCUCAGCUUCGUUACUACUGGAGCAAUGAAAAUGUUCGUGUUCGCAUAAUCAACUGUGACGUUAAGUACGCCUACGAGUACCUGGGGAACUCACCACGGCUGGUCAUCACGCCGCUGACUGACAGAUGCUACAGAACACUGAUUGGGGCUUUCUACCUGCACUUGGGUGGUGCGCCCGAGGGUCCAGCUGGAACGGGAAAGACUGAAACCACCAAAGAUCUUGCCAAAGCUUUAGCUGUGCAGUGUGUGGUCUUCAACUGUUCUGAUGGACUGGAUUACCUCGCCAUGGGCAAAUUUUUUAAAGGUCUGGCCUCAUCUGGUGCGUGGGCAUGCUUUGAUGAGUUCAACCGCAUUGAGCUGGAGGUGCUGUCUGUAGUGGCUCAGCAGGUUCUGUGCAUCCAGAGAGCCAUCGAGCUGAAACUAGAGUAUUUCGACUUUGAAGGGACAAUGCUCAAACUCAACCCAAACUGCUUUGUGUCCAUCACAAUGAACCCCGGCUAUGCAGGACGCUCAGAACUCCCAGACAAUCUUAAGGUGUUAUUUCGAACAGUUGCCAUGAUGGUCCCAAACUACGCUCUAAUCGCAGAGAUCUCCCUUUAUUCUUAUGGCUUCCUCAAUGCCAAACCUCUUUCUGUGAAGAUUGUGAUGACCUACAGGCUGUGCUCAGAGCAGCUGUCCUCCCAAUUCCAUUAUGAUUACGGCAUGAGGGCUGUGAAAGCUGUUCUUGUGGCUGCAGGGAAUCUCAAGCUCAAGUAUCCUGAUGAGAACGAGGACAUACUGCUCCUAAGGUCCAUUAAGGAUGUCAAUGAGCCCAAAUUUCUUUCCCACGAUAUUCCACUGUUCAAUGGAAUCACCAGUGACUUGUUCCCAGGCAUCUCACUUCCUGAGGCUGACUAUCAGCUGUUUCUGGAGGCCGCAGACAAGUGCUGUAAAAACCACAAUGUACAGCCAACACAAGUUUUCUUGGAGAAGAUGAUCCAGACUUAUGAAAUGAUGAUAGUCAGACAUGGCUUCAUGCUGGUGGGAGAACCAUUUGCCGGAAAGACCAAAGUGCUACAUGUUCUCGCUGAUACGCUGACCCUCAUGAAUGAGAGAGGGUAUGGAGAGGAGGAGAAGGUUAUCUACAGGACAUUGAACCCUAAGUCCAUCACCAUGGGACAGCUCUUUGGACAGUUCGACCUAGUUUCUCAUGAGUGGACAGACGGGAUUGUGGCCAACACAUUUCGUGAGUUUGCAUCAGCUGAAACACCAGAUCGUAAAUGGGUGGUGUUUGACGGCCCUGUUGAUACACUAUGGAUUGAGAGCAUGAAUACAGUGCUGGAUGACAACAAAAAGUUGUGCCUAAUGAGUGGUGAGAUCAUUCAAAUGUCAAAUCAGAUGAGUUUGAUUUUUGAAGCCAUGGAUCUAUCACAGGCCUCUCCCGCCACAGUCAGCCGAUGUGGCAUGAUCUACAUGGAACCAUCUCAGUUAGGCUGGGAGCCCUUAGUUAUCUCCUGGUUGAACACUCUCCCUGAGGCUCUUCAGAGCCCGGAGAACCGCUCUCUCCUCCUGGAGCUCUUCUACUGGCUCCUGCCACCUGCUCUCAGGAUGCUGCGAAAACACUGCAGAGAAGUUGUUUCCACUAGCAACAGUAACAAUGUGGUGUCCUUGUGUCGACUGUUUGAGAUGUUGAUCUCUGAGCCUGUGCAGAAAGCUCCAGGGGAUAAAAAUAUUCGCACCUGGAUCAUGGCAGGGUUCACCUUCUCCCUGGUCUGGUCUGUGGGUGGCAGCUGUGACGCAAACAGCAGAGAGAGAUUUAGUGAAUUCUUUAGAGAGACUAUAUCAGGAAGGGAAGUAGAACAUCCUAUCCCUGCCACUGUAGGGAAAUGGGAGUGUCCAAUGGAUGAUAAAGGCCUGGUGUAUGACUAUUUCUAUGAGUUUAAAGGAAAAGGCAAAUGGGUUCACUGGAACGAUGGCAUCAAAAAUGUCAACCUUGGGGACAAAAACACCAAAGUGCAAGAGAUCAUUGUUCCCACUAUAGAUACGGUUCGCUACACCUACCUCAUGGACCGCUGCAUCAGCUAUGGAGUACCUCUGCUGUUUGUUGGUCCUACUGGCACAGGGAAGUCAGUGUAUGUGAAGGAGAAGCUGAUGAAUAAUUUGGACAAGGACCGCUAUCUACCCUUCUUUUUAAACUUUUCAGCUCGAACUAGCGCCAACCAAACUCAGAAUAUCAUCAUGUCCAGAUUAGAUAAGAGAAGGAAGGGUGUCUAUGGUCCCCCUAUGGGUAAGAAGUGUGUCAUCUUUGUGGAUGACAUGAACAUGCCUGCACUGGAGCAGUUUGGAGCACAGCCUCCCGUGGAACUCCUUCGACAGUUUAUUGACCAUGGAAACUGGUACGACCUGAAGGACACCUCCAGGAUCAGUCUUGUUGACCUCCAGCUCAUCGCAGCAAUGGGUCCCCCUGGUGGUGGGAGGAAUGCUGUGACAUCUCGCUUCUUGCGACACUUCAACAUCUUUAGCAUUAAUGCUUUCAGUGAUGACACCAUGGUUCGAAUCUUCUCCAGCAUUGUAGCCUUCUAUCUCAAAAACAAUCAAUUCCCACCUGAAUAUUUCACCAUCGGCACCCAAAUAGUGACCGCUACAAUGGAAGUGUAUAAGAAAGCCAUGGAGAACCUCCUUCCUACCCCAGCCAAGUCUCACUAUACCUUCAACUUGCGGGACUUCUCACGUGUCAUCCAAGGCUGCUUGCUGCUGAAGAAGGGGUCUCUGGAGAACAAGCACACGAUGAUUCGCCUGUUUGUCCAUGAGGUCUUCCGUGUCUACUAUGAUCGCCUGGUGGAUGACAAAGAUAGAGCAUGGCUCUACCAGCUGAUGAAAGGCAUUCUUAAAGACCAUUUCAAAGAGUCCUUCGAACCAGUGUUUGAUCACCUGAAACAAGGCAGUAAACUGGUUGAAGAAGACAUGCGGAACCUUCUAUUUGGGGACUACAUGAAUCCUGACCUGGAGGAUGACGAGCGUUUGUACGCUGAGGUUCCCUCAAUCGAUAGCUUUGAAAAUGUAGUGCAGUCGUGUCUUGAAGAAUACAACCAAAUGCACAAAAAUCACAUGAACCUCGUCAUCUUUAGGUAUGUCCUUGAGCACCUGUCUCGUAUCAGCCGUGUGUUGAAACAGCCGGGAGGCAAUGCUCUACUUGUAGGAGUGGGGGGCAGCGGGCGCCAGUCAAUCACCCGUCUGGCUACAUCCAUGGCCCACAUGACCAUGUUCCAGCCUGAGAUCUCAAAGAGCUAUGGCAUGACUGAAUGGAGAGAUGACCUGAAGAUGCUGCUGAAAAAUGCUGGAGUAAAAGGUCAGAAAACAGUGUUCCUGAUAACUGACGCUCAAAUCAAAGAUGAAGCUUUUCUAGAGGACGUGGACAGUGUGUUGAACACAGGGGAGGUGCCCAAUCUAUUUGCCAUUGAUGAGAAGCAGGAGAUUAUGGAGACAGUGCGUCCCAUCGCCCAGGCUGGUAAUAAAAAUUUGGAGUUGAGUCCUUUGACUCUGUUUGCCUUCUUUGUAACGCGCUGUAGACAGAACCUGCACAUUGUGGUAGCCUUCAGUCCUAUAGGAGACGCCUUUCGAAACCGCCUGCGCCAAUUCCCAUCUCUUAUCAACUGCUGCACCAUUGACUGGUUCCAGCCAUGGCCUGAGGAGGCUCUUGAGCGGGUAGCCAACUCCUUCCUGGAGUCACUGGAUAUGAGUGAAAACGAGAGGCAGGAAGUCGUACCAAUUUGCAAAACAUUCCAUACCUCCGCCAAACAACUCUCAAACAGAUUCCUCUCUGAGUUGGGUCGUCAUAAUUACGUGACCCCCACGUCCUACCUGGAACUGAUUGCAGCUUUCAAGUUGCUUCUCACUCAGAAAAGAGAUACAGUCAUGAAAGCCAAACGGAGGUACACCAACGGCCUGGAUAAACUAGCCUUUGCUGAAUCUCAGGUUGGUGAGAUGCAAAAGGAACUUGUUGAUCUGCAGCCCAAACUGGAACAGGCAAAAAUAGACAACACUAAAAUGAUGGAGGUGAUUGAAGUGGAGUCUGUGGAGGUGGAAGCUAAAAGUAAAGUUGUUCGUGUAGACGAGGAAGCAGCAACAAUAAAAGCAGACGAGGCUCAGGCUCUGAAAAACGAGUGUGAAAGUGACUUGGCUGAGGCCAUCCCUGCCCUGGAAGCUGCUCUCUCAGCCUUGGACACUUUGAAGCCCUCUGAUGUCACAAUCGUGAAGUCGAUGAAGAAUCCUCCCUCAGGGGUGAAGCUGGUGAUGUCAGCUGUGUGUGUGAUGAAGGAGAUAAAGCCAGAUAAGAUAGCUGACCCAGCUGGGACUGGAAAAAAGGUUUUGGACUACUGGGGUCCAAGCAAAAAGCUUCUUGGCGACAUGAACUUUUUACGAGAUCUCAGGGAAUAUGACAAGGACAACAUUCCAGUCCCUGUGAUGCAAAAAAUCCGUACUGAGUACAUGACUAAUCCUGACUUUGACCCCAGUAUAGUGGCAAAGGCCUCCUCUGCAGCUGAGGGCCUGUGCAAGUGGAUCAAAGCAAUGGAGGUGUAUGACAGAGUGGCAAAGGUUGUGGGUCCCAAAAAAGCUAACCUCGCAGAAGCCCAAGAGUCCCUGGCUGAUACCAUGGCCCUGCUGGACCAGAAGAGAGGGGAACUGAAAGAGGUGGAGGACCGUUUAGCUGCCCUCCAGAAAACUUUUGAGGAAAAGACAGAGGAGAAAGCCCAGCUGGAGUUGCAGGUUGAUUUGUGUGCAAGGAAGUUGGAGAGAGCAGAGAAACUUAUUGGUGGUCUCGGUGGAGAAAAGACCAGAUGGUCUAAGGCAGCAGAUGAUCUACAGAACACAUACGACAACCUGACCGGGGAUGCUCUCAUCUCUGCGGGGGUCAUCGCUUACCUCGGGGCCUUCACUGCUGGCUUCAGGCAGGACUGCACCAAGACAUGGACCAAACUCUGCCAAUCUAAGAAUAUUCCAUCAUCGGAUGAAUUCGCUCUCAGUAAGACCCUGGGAGACCCCAUUAAGAUCAGAGCUUGGAACAUUGCUGGCCUUCCCAGUGACUCUUUCUCUGUGGACAAUGGUGUCAUUGUUAGUAAUUCACGGAGGUGGCCCUUGAUGAUUGAUCCUCAGGGUCAGGCGAACAAGUGGGUGAAGAAUUCAGAGAAAGACAACAACCUGAGUGUGAUCAAGCUGACUGAUGGGGACUAUAUGAGGACUUUGGAAAACUGCAUUCAGUUUGGAACCCCCUUGCUACUGGAGAAUGUAGGAGAGGAGCUGGACCCCUCACUGGAACCGCUGCUGCUCAAACAAAUCUUCAAACAAGGCGGAGUGGAUUGCAUCAGGCUUGGAGAGAGUGUGAUUGAGUACUCUAGUGAUUUCCGUUUCUACAUCACCACUAAGCUGAGGAACCCACACUAUUUACCAGAACUGGCCACCAAGGUGUCUCUACUGAACUUCAUGAUCACUCCAGAGGGGCUGGAAGACCAGCUGCUGGGGAUAGUGGUUGCUAAGGAGAGGCCAGAGCUGGAGGAGGAGAGAAAUGCACUAAUCCUGCAGUCGGCUGCUAAUAAAAGGCAGCUUAAGGAAAUUGAGGACAAGAUCCUGGAGACACUGCAGUCGUCUGAGGGGAAUAUCCUAGAGGAUGAGAGCGCCAUUCAGAUUCUAGACUCUGCAAAGAUCAUGUCAAAUGAGAUCACUAAGAAACAGCAGAUUGCAGAGAAGACAGAAAUCAAGAUAGCAGAGUCUAGAGAAGGUUAUAGAUCCAUAGCCAAGCACUCCUCCAUCCUGUUCUUCAGCAUCGCUGAUCUGACCAACAUUGACCCAAUGUACCAGUACUCUCUCAGCUGGUUUGUCAACCUCUACAUUAACUCAAUUCAGGACAGUAACAAGUCAAAGAUCCUCGAGCGGAGACUUCGAUACCUGAUUGAUCACUUCACCUAUAACCUAUAUUGUAAUGUCUGUCGCUCUCUAUUUGAGAGGGACAAACUCCUCUUUUCGUUCCUCCUCUGCUGCAAUCUACUCCUAGCAAAAAAGGAGAUUGAUUACUCCGACUUCAUGUUCCUACUGACCGGAGGAGUGGGUCUGCAGAACACUAUUCCCAACCCAGAGCCCAGCUGGCUGCAGGACAAGAGCUGGGAUGAGAUCUGUAGAGCGAGUGAUCUUCCUGGCUUACAAGGAAUAAAAGAGGCUUUCAUUAAAAGCCCCGGAGACUUCAAGCCCAUUUAUGACAGCAAAGAGCCGUGCAACACUCCUCUACCCACUCCCUGGUGUGAUCGACUUAAUGAGCUGCAGAAGAUGAUCAUCGUUCGCUGUCUCAGGCCGGAUAAGAUAGUGCCAGCUGUGACUAAAUACGUGACUGGCAAACUGGGCAAGAAAUUUGUCCAGCCACCCCCCUUUGACCUGAGUAAGAGCUACUUGGAUUCCAACUCUACCAUCCCUCUUGUGUUUGUGCUGUCUCCAGGAGCGGAUCCCAUGGCAAGCUUACUGAAGUUUGCCAGUGACAAGAACAUGGGUGGUGCCAAGUUUCAGUCCAUCUCUCUGGGGCAGGGCCAGGGGCCCAUUGCUGCCAAAAUGAUAUCCACAGCCAUGCAGGACGGGACGUGGGUGUGUUUGCAGAACUGUCACCUGGCUGUUUCCUGGAUGUCCACCCUGGAGAAAAUCUGUGAGGACUUCAGUCCAGCGACCUGCCAUCCUGACUUCCGCCUUUGGCUCACAAGUUACCCUUCAGCCAAAUUUCCAGUGACCAUCCUGCAGAAUGGAGUGAAAAUGACAAAUGAGCCUCCCACUGGACUCCGCCUGAACUUGCUACAAUCUUAUCUGUCAGAUCCUGUUUCCGACCCAAACUUCUUCAAUAACUGCUCUGACAAAGAGCUGAUUUGGGAGAAGCUCCUGUAUGGCCUGUGUUUCUUUCAUGCUCUAGUUCAGGAGAGGAAGAAGUUUGGUCCUCUUGGCUGGAACAUUCCCUAUGGCUUCAAUGAAUCUGACCUACGUAUCAGCAUCAGGCAGCUGCAGCUGUUUGUGAAUGAAUAUGAGGAGGUGCCCUUUGAGGCCAUAACUUACCUGACCGGAGAGUGUAACUAUGGGGGCCGAGUGACCGAUGACUGGGACAGGCGGCUCUUGAUGACGAUCUUAGCUGACUUCUACAACAAGGACAUCAUCGAGAAACCUCGCUACCCUUUCUCACCAAGCGGCGAGUACCACGCCCCUCCCAAAUCUAACUAUGACGACUACAUCGAAUUCAUCAAGGAGCUUCCAUUCAGCCAGCAUCCAGAGGUGUUUGGGAUGCAUGAAAAUGUGGACAUUUCGAAGGAUCUCCAGCAGACGAAGCUGUUGUUCGAUUCCCUGCUGCUCACUCAGGGUGGAGGAGCUAAGGGAGGGGGUAGCUCUGGAACUGACAACACGCUGUACGACAUAGCAAAUGACAUCCUCGCUAAGAUUCCAGCUGAUUUUGACACAGAAGCAGCUUUGUUGAAGUACCCGGUGCUCUAUGAAGAGAGCAUGAACACUGUUCUCGUCCAAGAGAUGGAGCGCUACAACACGCUGUGCAGCACCAUCCGUUUGAGUCUACAGAACCUGCUGAAGGCUAUCAAAGGCUUGGUGGUGAUGGAUGCAGAGCUGGAGGCAGUUGCAGGCAAUUUGAUAGUGGGAAAGGUCCCAGAGAAGUGGGCCAAGCGCUCUUACCCAAGCCUGAAGCCUUUGGGCAGCUACAUCACAGACUUUCUGUCAAGGCUCAAGUUUUUGCAGGAUUGGUACGAUGCCAGUAAACCCAGCGUGUUCUGGCUGUCUGGCUUCUUCUUCACCCAGGCCUUCCUGACGGGGGCUAUGCAGAAUUUUGCCCGAAAAUACCGCAUCCCCAUCGACCUGCUAGGUUUUGAUUAUGAGGUUCUCCCUAUUGAUGAGUCAGAAACAUCCCCUGAGGAUGGUGUUUACGUAAUUGGAUUGUUCCUGGAUGGAGCUCGAUGGGACAAAGAGAGUGGAUUUCUGGCUGAGCAGCACCCAAAAGUUCUGUUUGACUUAAUGCCCAUCAUGUGGAUAAAACCCACUCAAAAGAAGAACGUCGAUCAGCCUCAGAACCAAUUUGUCUGCCCUCUCUAUAAGACGACUGAGAGGAAGGGGACCCUCUCUACAACAGGCCACUCCACCAACUUUGUCAUUUCCAUGAUUUUGCCCACCAGCAGGCACCCUCAGCACUGGAUCAAGCGUGGGGUGGCCAUGCUUUGCCAGCUGGAUGAUUAAAUUCACACAACAAACCUCAACUGUGUCAGAUGAAAUACUUAAAUGCUUUUGUGAUGCUCUGUUCAUUCAGGAUGUUAAACUAAACAAAAAAAAAUCUGUUUUAGACCAACUGUAUUCUGUGUUUAAAACUCUGUAUGGAACCUAUUUUGUUGAAGCUUACAGUAAAAGUAGCUGGGUAAAGUGGGCCUUGAGGUAAUUCCAAAAAUAAAGCAAAAGAGAAAAUGUUCACUUAACUAGCUUCCUUACAUUAAACAAACCUUAGAAGCAUA